GUCAAGUUUGGGUCCAUCAAAUAUCACAGCCACCAGAGUUGCUUUGCUACCCGACCUACCGGAGUGAAACUGAUUUUGCCGGCGAAUUCGGUCAAAAUCACGCAUUACGCCGGCCGAGUCUUACUAAGUUCAGACCACCACCCGAACCGGUCAGGACCUCCACGUCCCGGCCGGGUCAGCCAGCCCAAUGCACCCAUGGACAGCAAACCAAGGCAUAUCGUCAUCAUCGGUGGCGGUGUCAUCGGAUGUACCACUGCAUACUUCUUGACACGCCACAAGAAGUACGAUCCGGCGAUCCACAAGAUCACUAUCAUAGAGGCCGCCGGUAUUGCGUCCAGCGCCUCGGGAAAGGCCGGCGGUCUUCUUGGUUUAUGGGCCAACCGGGCCGUGGAAACCGUGCCUCUAUCAUUUAGGCUUCAUGAAGAACUCGCCAACGAGCAUGAUGGCGAGAAGAGGUGGGGUUACCGCAAGCUGAAAGGCUGUGGCACCAUCGACACAAAGCUGAAAGUCGACGACUUGCCUGACAAGGAGAGAGCCGCAUUCCCAAAAUCUUCAGCCAAGAAGACGGGUGCAAAAAGACAGAAGCUCAACCAUGCUUCUCGAACCCCACCGCAAACUCCUGAUAAAUCACUACAGAAGCCCCCCUUCGCACCAUUGGCAUCUGAUAAGCCACCACUGCCACAUCCGGGUGCCCCUGGAGAAAGAACGCAAGGAACAAUUCCUAACCAGGUUGUAGACACCCAGUCAGCGUCGCCGAGAAAAGAGGCCCCGGAGCUACCUCGCCUGCCGAAGGAUUCAUCAGCACCGCAGAGUAAACAUUUAGACACGAUGUUAAAUAUCAGGCCAACUGAAGAUACUUUUCUUCGGCUCCAGAGAGAACUUGCUGCUUGUUCCACAGGAAGCUCGACCAGGUGGAAAUCCCACUCCAUCUUGCCCAAUGGAGACUACUUUAUCGGUGAUGCGGCUAUUCAAUCAAACAAAAUCAGUGAGGGCCAUUUUCCAAAACAAUCAUUGGAGGGCCAGACUGGAGGAUUUGAAGAGAUCUUGCAACAUGAUAGGAUGUUGAACAAUGGAGCAGUUUCGGCCAGUGAAGACAAGACUAUAAAUUCAAAGGUUACUCCUCUGGCAACAACUUCUUCAGAAGCCAAAGACCAUCUCAAUGGCGAUGACUCGCUCAAAAGACACGAAAUGCCAGACGAUCGUCUCCAGCCCAAGAAAGAAGACAAGUAUGGAACUGUCCUGGAUCAAAUCGGUGAUCAGCAUCCGAUUGCCAACCCUGCAACGGCUCGUGAGCCAAGGUCGACGCGGUCAGUGAGCUCCAGGCGGAAUGAGCCUACUCUUCACGGUAGUGAUACAACUCCAGCAAGCAAAAAUGCCAAUCCCAAUGGCAAUGCUAAUCCUCCACGGCGAUCAGAGCGGCAAAGACCAGGAGCUGAUAAGCCUCCAAAUAAGCCUUUAACCAGAAGCGGGAGCGCCAUUAACACGAUCCCACCCAAAACCGCGAGUACCAACUCGACUAUCGAAUCAGUCAAGCAACCCGUUCCUGUAAAUCGGCGAGGUAGAGGAGGUCGCAAGGAUCGCACUGGGAAGUUUCCCAACAACUGUGUGUUUCCGCCCGAUCUUACCUGGAUCAACCAAGACCUUGUCUCAUCCUACAAGAAGCAAGGCGCAGGUGACAGUAAUGACACAGCUCAAGUCCACCCAUACCACUUCACGCACUGGAUGGCCAGACUGGCGGAGAGACGGGGCGUAUGCAUUCGUCAGGGAGUCAUGGUGACAGCAAUCAACUAUGACCACGGCAAGGGUGUGCACGGUGUUGAGAUUCUCGAGCGAAAUUCGAACAGGAGAGCUACGUUGUGUGACGAUGUAACUGACGUAAUGGUGGCUGCGGGCUCGUGGACAUCGACUCUCUUGCCCAAGACAGAGAUUGGCGGCGUCAGGGCUCACAGCGUCGUCUGGGAGGUGGAUGUCACGCCGCAUGCCGUCUUCACAAAUAUCAACCUUCCAAGGGGAUAUAUCCCAAGCCAUCGGCUGAGCAGGGGCGAGGUUGUCAAAGCUUCCAAGAAGCUGGUCUCGUCUGAUCCAGAAGCAUACGCCAGGCCGUUCAAAGAGGUGUAUGCGUGUGGAGCUGUAGACCACGAAGUCGAACUUCCGCCCACAGCGGACCUUGUGAUGGUCGACGAGCGACACUGCGACGACAUCAUCACGUGGCUGGGUCUAGUCUCGCCCGUCCUCGCCGACGCGGCCGUCAAGCACAAGCAGGCGUGCUACAUGCCGCUGCGCGAGGGCGGAGACGAGGAGCCUCUGUUUGGACGAACUUUGACGCCGGGACUCUGGCUCGCCGCUGGCCACAGCUGCUGGGGCAUACAGAACGCGCCGGCCUGCGGGCUUCUGAUGGCCGAGAUGCUGAUGGACGGGAAGACGUCGAGCGUGGACGAGAAGUCCAUCGCAGCGUAUGACCCACGGCGUUUUGGUGUAUAA